AUGGGACCUAAUCGAUUGCAGAACCGUAAGCAGCGUUGCGCCGUGCACAGGCGAUCAUCGAACGUCGUUCGUCGUUUGUUCGUUCGUCGACGUCUCCUCCUCCUCGUCGCCUCUACAUCCGUAAAGCGAUGGGCAUUCGGUCGCCGUCAGGCUGGGCUGACCACUGAUCAUGCUAAUCCGUCGAGAGUGACCAAUGUCAGCGUCGAAGAUCGGCGAUGUUGUCACGUGACCCUAAGGACAAAUGACGACGACCAUCUCCGAUGGUCGAGGAUCGAACGUGAAUAUCAUCGCCACUGGCAUCGAGAAGGAGGAGGAGUACCGACCGGCUGUUGGCUGUCCAGUCCACGACAAUGCCUGGUGGUCAUCGCCGCCGCUAUUGGUGUAACUGGUGGCUCCGUUUCUGGCGCUGUGACGCCAGUCGGCUAA